UGUUCUCACUAGAUCUUUAAAACGACAAAGCGAAUCCGAGACAUGGGGAAAUCCAAGGGAACUGGAAAUGUACCAAACCGACCAAUAUAUUCUCGAAUUUCAUAUCUAUACCAAGCAGCAACGUACCUAGCUAGUCAUUCAGAACCGAAAGGUUCCAGUAAUGUUCCUCAAAGCUCCGAAGGUGGUAAGGGGGAUAUAUCAACACCAAACAAGCAAAUAUCUCAUAAUAAUCGCACUAAACACACUCUCUCGCGACACCUCAUCACUGAUCUUCGAUCUACAUCGUUGAAGAGCCAAAUUCGCUUAUCUCCUGCUAUGAAGCAUACCAUGUGUAAACUCUGCGAUAGCUUACUCAUCGAAGGAGAGACAAGCAGCUCCGUAGUUGAGAACAAAAGCAAGGGCAGCAAAAAACCAUGGGCUGAUGUACU